AGGCAUAUAGAAUGAUCUAGUGUGGACAGUGCACAGUGUUGUAGCCUAUGAGCGACGUGGAGGACACCGGAGAGGACGACCGCAAGACCUUACGAUCAGCUAGAGGACCAGUAUCCCACGUGUCUUUAGGACUGGAGGGUGAUAGGGAACUGUUCCGCCGACAAAGGGAGAGGAGAGCUAGAGCAGCCGAGGCCAGCAGGGCAUUUGCUAGCGAGGCYAGUGCUAUAGCAGCCAUGGUUAACACAGCCAUGAGCACGUCUGCGCAGCAGACUUCCCAAGCCGGUAGUUCAGGUACCCCCGGGUCCACGGUCGUGCAGACCGUGAGUCAGUCCACUGGCUUAAUGGCAAGCCAGCCCGCGGUGUUGUCCCCAGAGGAUGUCGCCAUCCAGCAGGCAGCCCUGCAAGAGGCACAGUUACAGCAGGCAUUAGGACAGAUAAAGAGAGAGAAGGAAAUGAUGAUUAGAAGGAGAACCAGGAUGCAACAGAGAGGGGCAGACAUAGAGGAGUUAGAGACGAUGGACCUGGCACAUAUGGAUGAUGAUGUGAAGGUAGUUAGGAGGGCCCUGCUAGGCGUAAUUGAGAUGCAGGAGCAUCAAACUACCAUCCUUCAGGACAUUCAACAAAGCCUAGCUGUGUUGGCAGGCCGUGCUCAGGCAGUACCAUCACCAGCAGGGCCUGGUGCCUGGCCCGUGCCAUAUCCUCCUCUUUCUGUUCCACCGGUGACUGGGGUAUCCCCAUAUGUAGCCCCUUCAACGAUUGCUAUCGUUUCCCUGGGCAUGCCUCUGUCAGGAGGGGUAACAGCAGGGAGUAGUUUGCAGGUUCCUGUUCAGACAGUGUUUACUCCAAGUCCGUCACAGGUUGCAAUCACCACGCAGCCUGCUGUCUCGCAGCUAGUGCAGCAUCAGGGCACACAGCCUCAGCAGCUAGCACAGCAACCUGUUUCACCGGGUCCACAGCCUGGAAUGAUGCAGGGACCGGGACAGACACAGUGGGUUCCAAAGACGGUCAUCGCCGCUCCCAAACCUUUUACAGGGGAUAAGAGAGGCGAGGACCUCGACACAUGGUUGAGGGCCGUGCCGGUCUACGUCAGGUGUAAACUCACCUUGCCUCACAAAGAAGUGCUUGUGGCUGCUUCCUACCUGGAGGGUAGUGCAACGAGAUGGUUGAGUGGUUUAGUGCAACUCCAGGGGUAUGGUCAUGACUUCCGCUCUUGGGCAGCCUUUCAGAAAUUGGAAGACUUCCUAAGAAUGGUGGAAGAAAGGUGGCAUGAUCCUCAGGAGGCUCAAAAGGCCACUGAUGCGAUCCUGACACCUCACACCCGGCAGUUUAAGUCAGUAAGGGAUGCGACCGAUGUUGUAGAGCGUUUGAUUUGUAUUCCAGGGGUACGCUAUGACCCCCAGGUCCUGCUAACUUCGUACCUGAGGACCUUAUCUCUGCCGCUCAGGAACCAGUUGGCAAAAGAGGCCAACAUUAAUAUGCACAACUUUCCUUCGUUCAGCAAGGUGGCCCUAGACCUUGAAGCAAAGAUAGGGCAUGGACAGGCAUCCACUACGGAAGGGAGAAAGAAGACACUGCCUCCCAACUGGAAGGCGAAGGGUCGCUUAAUGUUUGUCGACAAUGAUGGUUCAACCAUCGAGUUGGACGGCAACCUCCAGGAGGGAGUAGGUGCAGAGGCAGGUGGCGAUACUUCAGAGGGUGGAGUAGUCGCCGCCGUAACCCAACAAAAAGGUAAAGGGACCGAUAGACGCCCUAGGGGAUACCGGUCGAAGAGUCAAACAGACCCCAAUGCUCCUCCAUGGGAGAAAGCGGGUCUAGCAGAGGACGUGUGGAGAGAUCGGUGGGCACGGCAAGCUAGUAUCAAGUGUGGCCAAUAUGGUCAUACCAUGUACAAGUGCCGCAAUAGGAAGGUCACCGAGAAGAUCCCGCCCACUAUGGGGUCGGCAGUAGGAUCCUCUCAACCCGUUGGUAGCAACGUUGCUAGUUCUUCAGGCAGUGCUCCGGGAAACAUGUCGGGCCAGUAGGGAUAGUAGUUGUUCCUACUAGGGUCGCGAUGGUGGAUUCACCCUCACCUUCGCGAGAGAUGGCCCAAGCUACAUCAGUUGUCCCGCAAACACAUUCAGACCCAUCGACCCUCUGUUCGAUGAAUGUGUUUGAAUCCUCAGAGGAGCUAGAGCAUGAGUGGUCUAGAUCAGAUCCACUAGCUUCUUGAACGGCGUUAGUUAAAGCCCCUAAGAGUGAAAUGUUUGUCAGCGAGGUAGUUAUAGGAGGCCGCAAGGCCGGGGCCUAUUACGACACUUGCUCGACUAGGAACUAAAUGAACCGCGCUGUGCAAC